AUGAACAAGGCAUUAUCUCAGGCGAAAGUCAAUGAUGAUGAUGAUGAUGAUGAUGAUGAUGAUGAUGAUGAUGAUGAUGAUGAUGAAUCUGAUGAUGAUGAUGAUGAUGAUGAUGAUGAUGAUGAUGAUGAUGAUGAUGAUGAUGAUCAUGAUGAUGAUGAUGAUGAUGAUGAUGAUGAUGAUGAUGAUGAUGAUGAUGAUGAUGAGACAUGA